AUGACCAAGCUCGCGGCCGUCUUUGUGGUUGCCUCUUUGCUCAAUUUGGCUUCAGCAGGACAUCAUGGUGGACACGAUCACGUGGUGAUCCACGUGCCCUACAAGAUCAAGACCAUCCAUCACACGCACACAAUCACCAAGCACAUCCAUCACGGUGGCGGAGGUGGUGACAAAUACGAGGUGCUAGGGUACACGGUCGGUCACCCCAUAGAUUUGGGAGGUGGCCACGGUGGUUUCGGUGGUGAUUUCGGAGGCGGUGGUGGCCACGACUUGGGAGGUGGCGGCGACUUCGGCGGCGGCGGCCAUAUUGAAUACAGUGGCGGCGGCGGCGGCGGCGGUGGUGGCGGCCACAUCGAAUAUGGCGGCGGUGAUAUUGGCGGAGGCUAUGGGGGCGGUGGAGGAUUCGGUGGAGGCCACGGAGGCAGUAUUGGUGGCGGUGGAUUUGGAGGAGGCCACGAAGACUGGGGUGGCCAUUAA